AUGGUUGAUUGGGGGUACACACGUGAUGCAGACAUAAGAGGUGCUCCUUACGACUGGCGAAAAGCUCCAAAUGAGAACACCGAAUACUUUGAAGCUUUAGAGAAGCUUAUAGAAACUAUGUUUGAAACCUACAAGAGCCCUGUGGCACUCAUUGCACACAGUAUGGGAAACCUGUAUACACUUUAUUUCCUUAACCAUCAGACGCAAAACUGGAAGGACAAAUACAUUCAUUCUUUUGUGGCUCUUGGUGCUCCUUGGGGUGGAGUAUCUAAAACAAUGCGAGUUCUUGCUUCAGGAGAUAACAACAGAAUUCCAGUAAUCAGUUCAUUACGGAUUCGUGACCAGCAGCGCUCAGCAGUAUCUACCAGUUGGCUACUUCCGUACAGUAACACGUGGUCCCCUGACAAAGUAUUUGUAAGGACACACAGUGCAAACUACACACUGCAGGACUACCAGAAGUUUUAUAAUGACAUUGGCUUUCCAGAAGGUUGGGUCAUGAGGAAAGAGACUGAGGAAAUAAUAUCAUCUCUUACACCUCCUGGAGUUCCUGUACACUGUCUUUAUGGUAAUGAAGUGGACACUCCUGAUUCGUUCCAGUAUGAUACUUUCCCAGACAAAGACCCAAACAUAAUAUAUGGACCUGGAGAUGGAACAGUUAAUAUAGAAAGUGCCUUACAGUGUCGUAAGUGGGUAGGCAAGCAGAAACAGAAAGUAUCUUUAGUGGAGCUGCUGGGUAAUGAACACAUUGCAAUGCUGUCAAAUAUGACCACCAUAUCUUACAUCAAGAUGGUCCUUCUAGGUAUAUAG